CAGCUGCCAUUGCUGCACACACACACACACACACACACUCACAGGACCGAAGUGCGUCUGCUCAGACAGAGCCCCAGAGGAAGAGGAGUUUCUCUACGGCUCAUCAUGGCUCAGUCGGCGGACUCGGAUCUGCCCAGCAAGAGGAUCCACUCGAGGAUGGAAGCCUCUUGUCUGGAGCUGGCGCUGGAGGGGGAGAGACUGUGUAAAGCGGGAGAUUUUAAAGGCGGCACAGCAUUCUUCGAAGCUGCUGUUCAGGUGGGAACCGAAGAUCUGAAGACCCUCAGUGCCAUCUAUAGUCAGCUGGGAAACGGAUACUUCUACCUGAAGGAGUACGGCAAAGCGCUGGAGUACCAUCGGCACGACCUCACACUCGCUCGGACGAUCGGGGAUCGGAUCGGAGAAGGGAAAGCCAGUGGGAAUCUGGGAAACACUCUGAAGGUUUUGGGUCAGUAUGACGAAGCAGCCGUGUGCUGUCAGAGACACCUGGAUAUUUCUCAAGAACAAGGAGACAAGAUCGGCGAGGCCAGGGCUCUGUAUAACAUCGGGAACGUGUUUCAUGCCAAAGGAAAGCAGCGUCUGUGGGGCUGCGCUCAAGAUCCCGGAGAUCUUCCGUCCGAUGUCAGAGACACGCUUCAGCGAGCCACGGCCUUCUACGAGAUGAAUCUCUCUCUGGUGAAGGAGUUGGGAGACCGAGCCGCCCAGGGAAGAGCCUUCGGGAACCUCGGAAACACUCAUUACCUGCUGGGUAAUUUUGUUGAGGCCAUUAAGUUCCACAGAGAGCGUCUUUCCAUUGCAAAGGAAUUUGGCGACAAGGCAGCGGAGCGGCGAGCGUACAGUAACCUAGGCAACGCUCUCAUUUUCCUGAGCCAGUUCAACACAGCGACAGAGUAUUACAGGAAAACUCUCCAGCUCUCUCGGCAACUGAAGGAUCAGGUGAUGGAAGCUCAAGCGUGUUACAGUCUGGGAAACACAUACACACUCCUGCAGGAAUAUGAACGUGCCAUCGACUAUCACCUCAAACACCUGCUCAUCGCUCAAGAGCUCAGCGACAGGGUCGGGGAGGGCCGGGCCUGUUGGAGUCUGGGUAACGCUUACGUGUCGCUGGGAAACCACCGCCAGGCUCUUCACUACGCCCGGAAACACCUGGACAUCUCCAGAGAGAUCGGGGACAGAAACGGAGAGCUGACGGCCAGGAUGAACGUGGAAGAGCUGAUGGAGGCUCUCGGGGUGAAGGAGGGCGAUCUCUCUCCACCCGACUCGGAGUUUAAAGUGCAGGGAGCCAGACCCAAGUUCAGCAAGAAGAACAGCAUGGAGAGUGUUGACCUGUGGAAGUACAGCUCUGAGAAGAACGGAGACGAUCAUGAAGAUGAUGGUUCGAGGAGGAUCCCUCAGUCUCAGUGCAGGAGUUACACUGACAGCCAGAGCUCAGAGGAGAGACAGUGGAUCGACUCCCCGGUGGACACUGAGGACAUCACUGUUCACGUCACUCCUCCUAAACUGGUCCGCGACCCGUCAGAUGAAGACUGCUUCUUCGACCUGUUGAGUAAGUUUCAGAGCAGUCGUAUGGAUGACCAGCGCUGUGAACUGGACGAGCCGACGGACGGAGAGAACGCAGGAGGAGUGGAAGGAAACGGCCUGAACGACAGGAUCGACGCCAGUCUUCUCUCCUCUCCUCAAACUGAAGAGCUCUUCGAUCUGAUCGCCAGCUCUCAGAGCCGACGCCUGGACGAUCAGAGAGUGAGCGUCAGUAAUCUGCCCGGACUCAGGAUUACCCACAACAACCUGGGGCACCUUUGUGGAGAGAGCGAGUCUACCGAGCCCAGCGACGACUUCUUCAACAUGCUCAUCAAGUGCCAGUCGUCCCGGAUCGACGACCAGCGCUGCUCUCCUCCUGAAGGGGGUCCGCGGGCCCCGACCGUCCCCGACGAGGACUUCUUCAGCCUCAUUCAGAGAGUCCAGGCCAAGCGCAUGGACGAGCAGCGCGUGAAGCUCCCGUCAGACGACCCCGACCCCGACCCGGACCCCGACUCCCCGAACCAAGGCUAGCGCAAACAGACUCGCUCACCAGAUCCACAGAAACAUGAAGAACACAAGUGCCAUCUCAGUAUACGCCUCGGUGCUUUACA